AUGUCCGAGCAAAGUCCUUUGCUCGCCAACGGCGACGAGCACUCGUACAGCGGCGCAAGUGCCAACGACGACCGGUUCUACAUGGGCGUGGACAAACGCUCGCUCCUGGACACGGGCGAAGCGGGACUGAGCACAGUCGAAGCUUCACGUCGCCUCAAGGUCUUUGGCCCCAACGAGCUCGAGAGCAAGGAAAAGAGCUGCUGGAUCCAACUGGCCGAGCAGUUCUGGGGGCCCAUGCAGAUCAUGAUCUGGCUCGCGAUCCUGGUCGAGGCCCUGACCAAUGACUGGCCUGACUUCUUCGUGCUCCUCUUCCUGCAAGUCCUCAAUGGAACCGUUGGCUGGUACGAGGAGCUCAAGGCCGGCAAUGCCGUCGCGGCCCUCAAGGCAAGUCUCAAGCCCGAGGCUCAAGUCAUUCGUGACGGCGUGCACCAGACCAUUAACGCGGCUCUGCUCGUACCGGGGGACCGCAUCACUCUUUCCGCGGGGGCGGCUGUCCCUGCUGACUGUGACUUGUGUGAGGGCAAACCCGUGCAGAUUGACCAAGCAGCUCUGACGGGAGAGUCGUUCCCAGUGACGAUGGCGGCUGGAGACAAUGCCAAGAUGGGCUCCACGGUUGUCCGUGGCGAGAUUGAAGCUGUGGUCUCCGCUACAGGAGGCCAGACGUUCUUUGGCAAGACGGCGAGCCUCAUUUCAAGUGUCGACGAAGUGAGUCACUUCCAGAAGAUCCUCGUGCGCAUUACCAUGUUCCUCAUGGCCAUUUCAUUUGUCCUUGUGGGCUUCUGUCUCGGCUACUUGCUUUACAACGGCGAGGACUUCCUUGAAGCCAUUGCCUUUUGUGUCGUGCUGCUCGUGGCUUCGAUUCCAAUUGCCAUGCAGGUUGUCUGCACGUCGACUAUGGCUCUUGGCUCACGCAAACUUGCUGAGGAGAAGGUGAUUGUGACGCAAUUGCAGUCCAUUGAGACGCUCUCGGGAAUGAACAUGCUGUGCUCGGACAAGACCGGGACGCUCACGCGUAACAAGAUGGAGCUCCAGGAUGACUUGCCGAUUUUCCACCCUACUGCGACCCGCGAGGAGGUGCUUGUUACGGCAGCACUUGCUGCUAAGUGGAAGGAGCCACCCAAAGAUGCCCUUGACACGCUUGUGCUGAACUCCAUUGAUCUGCGCCCGCUGGACCAGUAUACGAUGAUGGACCAUAUCCCGUUCGACCCAUCUGUGAAGCGCACGGAGUCCAAGGUCCGUGGACCUGAUGGCAAGAUCUUUAAGGUGACGAAGGGAGCACCGCAAAUCAUUCUUGCGCUUGCUCACAACGUGACGGAGAUUCAAGAGGACGUGGAGGCAAAGGUGCUGGAGCUAGCCAGGCGUGGAAUCCGCUCGCUUGCUGUUGGGCGUACUUCGGAAGAAGAAGCGAAUGGCGGUUGGGUCUUCCUCGGUAUCAUGACGUUCCUGGAUCCCCCGCGUCAUGACACCAAGCGCACGAUUGAGCAAGCUCACGAGAACGGCAUUGGCGUUAAGAUGAUCACUGGUGACCAAGCGGCUAUUGCCGUGGAGACGUGUCGUAUGCUUGGAAUGGGCACGACUAUCCUCGGCACGGACGUUCUUCCAACUGCUAAUGUGCAGGACGGUCUCUCGGCGACCCUUGGUGCCGACUACGGUGCUAUCGUUGAAAGCGCUGACGGCUUUGCGCAAGUGUUCCCGGAACACAAGUUCCUGAUUGUGGAGGUGCUGCGCCAGCGCGGCUGGGUGUGUGGUAUGACUGGUGACGGUGUGAACGAUGCCCCUGCCCUCAAGAAAGCCGAUGUCGGAAUCGCCGUUGAAGGCUCGACGGACGCGGCCCGCGCUGCUGCAGACAUUGUGCUCACACAACCUGGUCUGUCGGUCAUCAUUAACGCCAUCACUCUGUCUCGCAAGAUCUUCCAGCGCAUGCGCAACUACGUGACGUAUCGUAUUGCCUGCACGAUCCAGCUCCUGAUGUUUUUCUUCAUUUCCGUGCUGCUGUUCCACCCGGACAGCUGUCGCUUCCCGCACUUUAUCCCGCACGUUGGCGACUGCCCGUACAACGACAACCAGAGCUCCGAAGCCGUGGACCCGUACUUCAAACUGCCUGUCAUUGCACUAGUGCUGAUCACGAUCUUGAACGAUGGUACGAUCAUAUCGAUUGCGUAUGACAACGUGGUGCCAUCGAAGCGUCCUGAAGUCUGGAACUUGCCUCGCAUUUACUGGGUGGCGACGACGCUCGGCCUGAUUGCUGUAGCCAGCUCUCUCCUGCUGCUCUUCUGGGGCCUCGACUCGUGGAAUGAGAAUGGCGUUCUCGCCUACUUUGGCGUGGGUAACCUUCCGUAUGACCAAGUCAUGAUGAUGAUCUACCUCAAGAUCUCGCUGUCCGACUUCAUGACAGUAUUCACGGCUCGUACGGAAGGACUGUUCUUCACGCGUGCACCUGGCCGUCUUCUGGCGGUUGCUGCAGUCUUCGCCACUAUCGUUUCUACGCUUCUGGCUUUGUUCUGGCCAUUCACGGAGAUGAAAGCCAUCGAGGUGAGACUCGCUAUCUUUGUCUGGAUCUACUGCCUCGGCUGGUUCUUCGUGCAGGAUCUUGGCAAGGUGCUUGUGAUCUUCUUGCUGGAGCAUGCCGACCGCAUUAACGUGUACGAUCGCAAGGUGAGCAGUAAGAAGUACGUGAAGCAGGAAGCCCAGCGCCAGAACCGCAUCCGUAUGGGUUCGACUCUGCUGAACAACGACUCGUUCAUGCGUGGAUCGUUCGUCGUGGGCCGACCUGUCGGCGGCUCUUUCAUGGAGCGCAGCAUGACGUUGGAGCAGGCGAUGGACCGCCUGGUGCGCCUGGAGGCCGAAAUGAAGGUCAUCCGUGCCGUCAUCACUAACGCCUCGGGCACUGCCAAGGUGUAA